GAAAUGCGUGUUUCUGCGCUCGUCUCUGGGAGUAUAAAGGAGAUUCUUACACCCCAUCCAGCCUCUCACUUCUUUCUGACUGAGACGGACACAACGUUGCAAGCUACAAUGCCGGCCGACUAUAACGGAAAAUGGGAGAUGAUCAGCAAUGAGAACUUUGAGGAUUAUAUGAAGGCUUUGGACAUAGACUUUGCCACACGGAAGAUUGCUGCACACCUCUCGCAGACCAAAAUAUUAGUGCAAGACGGAGAUAAAUUUGAAACCAAAACUCUCAGCACUUUUAGAAAUUACGAGGUCAACUUCACCGUCGGACAGGAAUUCGAGGAGCACACUAAAGGCCUGGACAACAGAGUGGUCAAGACUCUUGUGACCUGGGACGGAGAUAAACUUGUGUGUGUUCAGAAAGGGGAGAAAGCAAAUCGAGGCUGGAAGCAGUGGAUUGAAGGAGACCUUCUGCAUUUGGAGAUUACCUGCCUUGACAAAGUCUGCCAUCAGAUCUUCAAGAAGAAGGAUUAACCCUGAAUAUCCACGGAUUAUGGUGGAUUUUAUGUUGCCAUGUGAAGAUAUACAUAUGCGUUUUUAAUAAAGUACU